AUGGACAUUGGGGCCGGCGGCGGCGGUAGCGGCGGCAAGGAGGUGGAUCAGGUCGCCGGCGGCAGCGAGCAGCCGCAGCAGAGGAUGAAGAUCGGGUGGCCAACCGAAGUGCGCCACGUCGCCCACGUCACCUUUGACCGCUUCCACGGCUUCCGCGGCGUGCCCGCCGAGCUCCAGCCCGAGCCCGCCCUCGCCAAGGCCCCCAGCGCAAGCAAGACGGCGUUCGGCGUGUCGACGGAGUCGAUGCAGUGCGCGCACGACUCCCGUGGCAACAGCGUCCCGUCCAUCCUGCUCCACCUGCAGCGCCGCCUCUACGACCAGGGCGGGCUGGCCACGGAGGGCAUCUUCCGCGUGGCCGCCGACGGCGCCCAGGAGCAGCGCGUCCGGCAGCACCUCGACCUCGCCGGCACCAUCCCCGACGCCGACGACGACGGCGCCGCGGUGGACGUGCACUGCCUGGCGGGGCUCAUCAAGGCGUGGUUCAGGGAGCUCCCCGGCGGCCUGCUGGACGCGCUGCCAGAGGAGGAGGUGGCGCGGUGCACGACGGCGGAGGAGGCCGGGAGGCUCUGCGGGAAACUUGAGCCGGCCAAGGCGGCGCUGCUCGACUGGGCCGUGCAGCUCAUGGCGGACGUGGCGAGCGAGGAGGGGCGGAACCGCAUGGGCGCGCGCAACGUCGCCAUGGUCUUCGCGCCCAACAUGACACAGGCGGCGGAUCCUCUGACGGCGCUCAAGUACGCGGUGCAGGUGAUGAACUUCCUCAACCAGCUCAUCGAGCGAGCGCUCCGGCAAAGACGAGAACAAGCAGCGUUUCGUGAAUUGCCUUUGGUAACUGUGCUGCCUUUGGUAACUGCAACGCCGCCUCUACGACCAGGGCGGGCUGACCACGGGGGGCACAUCUUCCGCGUGGCCGCCGACGGCGCCCAGGAGCAGCGCGUCAGGCACAACCUCUGCCUCGCCGGCACCAUCCCUGACGACGAAGACGACGACGGCGGCACCGCCGUGGACGUGCACUGCCUGGCCGGGCUCAUCAAAGCAUUCCAAAAAAGAAAAUCAAAGUUCGUCAAACUUGCGUUGGGUUUCAGUCAUGUUCAGACGGUUGAUCCUCUGACGGCGCUCAAGUACGCGGUGCAGGUGAUGAACUUCCUGAUCCUUCUCAUCGAGCGAGCGCUCCGACAAAGACGACAACAAGCAGCAUCAGGAGCAGCCAAACUGAUGAGCUGA